UAUGUUACUUCCCCGCAAUAAUCAAAAUCAUAUAUAUAAGACCACAUAUAAAAAAAGCUCUAUUUCUCGCAAGUACGCAGAUUUCUUUGUGUGAAGAUGGGUUUCAUCAAUUUGUUGUGUAUGUUUGUAAUCGUUAACGUUGCAUUUUGUGAAACAUAUAAUACCAAGUACGAUCAAAUAGACGUCGACUCUAUUUUAGCAAGUAAGAGGGUACUAACCAAUUAUAUAAAAUGUAUCUUAGACGAAGGACCUUGCACUCCAGACGGCAGAGAAUUCAGAAAACAUAUUCCUGAGGCCAUAACCACCAACUGUGCCAAAUGCUCGGAUUCCCAGAAGAGAAUUAUUAGAAAAACUUCAAGAUUCAUCGAGAGAGAACGACCGCAAGACUGGAACAGAAUUAGUCGAAAAUUUGAUCCACAACAAAAAUUUACAGCGAGUUUCAGAAAAUUCCUUAAUGAAAACUGAAAAAUAUUGUGCUUGAUGGAUUUCUUUGAUUAAAACUAAUGUAUAUAGUUUAUUUAUGUGAAAUAGAAAUUUAAAAUUAUUUUUGAAAACAA